UACACAUGAGUUUAAUAUUUUGUAAGAUAAACACGAGCCGUGACGGUGAGAUCAACUGGGACCAGUUGGUCUCGCAUCUGCUCCUGGGCUACUUCGCCAGCGAUCAGGAAGAUCAGGGAGAGUCUCUCCAGCUGCCUAUCAUGGGCCUACCGAAGAUCAUGAGGUCGCAGCAUCGCCAUCCCAUCUCUAGGAUUUGCUUCUGUCCAGAUGUUGCUAAAGACCGCAGCACGGACCCCAUGCAGGGCUGCUACAUCAUGGCCAGCCGCGAUGGUAUGAUCAGCUGGUGGUCGUUGGACAUGGUGCGCCUGCGAAGCGCGCAAUCCACCUGUCCGGCGCUGAAGGUGCGCACCACGUGGGUAACGGACCUAGCGUGUCUGCCGGACGUCAACAUCGUGGUGACCAGCUCGACGGAGCGCGACUUGCGCUUCUACGACUGCAGCGCAGGCACCUUCACGCUCAAGAUCAUCAUCUCCAGCUGGGAAUACAUGAUAAGUACAAUGUACUACCACUUCGAUAAAGACGAGCACGAGGAUUGUCUGUUGGUCUGCGGUGACGUUGGCGGAUACGUGCGCGUGCUGCGCUUCUCGCCCGUCAUGCGCGGCCCCUUCCGCAACCAGCCCGGCCGCGCGCUACAGCAGCUGCGCCACGUCGACCUGCAGAAGCGGCCGGAGCUGCUGCCUGAGCUGCAGCUGGUGGAGUUCCCGCGCGCGCACACGGAUUGGGUGCGUCAGGUGUCGUACUACUCGUCGCUGCAUUGCAUCGUGUCGUGCGCCACGUGCCCCGACGCGCUGCUCAUGUGCGACCUCGCCGCCUCCCGGACGCAUAACACCUUCCAUACAGAAAAGGGCAUCCAGUGCUUCGCGUUCGAAGAGGAGGCGCAUGUGCUGGUGACUGGCGGUCCUGACUGCUGCGUGCGCGUGUGGAACUCGUUCGUGGCGACAGCACCGAGCGCGCUCCUGCAGGGGCAUCGCGCCGGCAUCAUCGCGCUCGUGCUGCAGGACCACGCGCGCCGCGCCUACUCACUGGCCCGGGACCGUACCAUCAAAGUGUGGGACCUUCAGGCACAGGCCUGCCUGCAGACUUACAUCGACGUGCCGCCGCAAAUCGGUGAGCGCACGCCGAUCUCGGCAGUGUACAACCCGGCGACGCGCGAGCUGCUGCUGGCGGCGGUGAAGCUGGCCGUGCUGGUGCUGGACGAGCAGCUCAACCCGCAACAUACUGACGGGUUCACACACUCGCGCGCCGUCUCCAAACUGCUCUACAACCCGCUCUUCAAAGUCAUUAUCACCUGCGGAAUGGACAGCAUCAUCAUAAACUGGGAUCCUCUCACCGGCAAACGCAAUGUGGUGAUGCGGUCUGCGCACACGCGGUUACUGCACGGCGAGCUGGUGCCGGUCGAGAUCACGGCUGCCUGUUUCGACCCCGCCAACCAGCUGCUGCUCACCGGAGCCCGGGAUGGCACCCUCAAGACGUGGAAUUUCAACACUGGCGUGAGUCUGCGGUAUUUGGAGAUCGAGCACAUGUGCGAGGUUACCAGUUGUUUUUGGAUCGAAGGAAGGAUUCUAGCGGUGGGGUGGAACCGGCACGUGACGGAGUUCGAGGACCAGGGGCUGGCGACGCAAGGCAAGAGCUGGGAGACGCGGCACCGCGACGACGUGCUGGCGGCGGCCGUGCGCAUCCCGCUGACCAUCGCCACCGCUUCCUACGCUUCCGAGCUGCUGCUCUGGAAACUGGAGACCGGCCAGCCCUACAGGAGGUUCUCGUGCACGGAACCGACGCUGCGCAUCAAGAUGCAGUACAGCAAGCGAACCGCCUCGCCGCAGCAGCCCGCCGCCGCCGCCGCCGCCUCGCCCCACACGCAUAGACCCUCCGCAAUUUUCCGUCCAAGCGUGAGCGGCAUCCGGCAGGGGCGCGCGCGGCGCGUGUCCACGGUGGCUCUGCCGGCGCAGGCGCAGGUGCUGCGUCAGCUCGCAGUACACGCCAUGAUCUUUCUCGAGACGCGCCCGAUGAGCAUGCACGUCGCGUCGAUGAUGCUUUCCCUGGAAAACGGGCAGGUGCAAUGCUGGUCCGAUCAUCCGGCGGGCGGGUACAAAGGAUCGUUCCAGGGAAUCCACACGGCAGGGGACUACGUGUCGGCCUUCGCCACCGACGUCGGCAACGAGUUCCUCUUCACCGGGACAACCGUCGGCUACAUCAAAGUCUGGCUUAUGACGAACUACCUCACUACUGAGAAGGUGCACGUGAACAUGCCACGACUGCGUGUGGAGUUCCCGUUCCUGUGGCGCGACCGCAUCGAGGGCCGCGCCAAGCGCUGCGUGCGCGACCAGCCCCUGCCGCUCCUGCUCAACAGCUACCGCGCGCACCUGCGCUGCGUCACCUCGCUCGCCUAUAUCGACGACCAGAAGCUUUUGUUGUCGUUAGUUUAACAACCGACUUGAAUGGCAUGUCUUGCAGU